CAGCACGUCGUGCACUGUGUAUUUGUAUUUGGCAAUAAUACAAAGCGAUGAGCGGUUGGGCACAGGGCUCGCCGCUGAAGCGCAGCAAAAGCCACGUCGAAAUGGCAAGCGACAAUGCUCCCGCAGGACCCUUGCUCAGCGAGGAAAGCAGUGCGUGCUUGCUUGACAGGCUGGACAGCAACAUCCUGGUGUCUAUCCUCAGCUUUUUAACGCCGCGCGAGGUGGUGACUGCCAGCCUGACAUGCAAGCAGCUGGCGGCGGCGGCCGAGGCGCCGGUGCUGUGGCGGCAGCUGUACGACAGCGCGCUGUGCCCCCGCGUCAAGGAGCGCCACCUGCCGCACCCCAGCCAGAUAAGUGACUGGCGGGGGGUGGUGGUGCGGGGGCUACUGCUGCGCGAGCUCCCGCACGGGGCGUGGGAGCGCCUGCAGCCCGAGGGCAACCGACAGCUGCGGCCCUGCCCGCGCGAGGGCCACGCCGCCUCCAGCUGGGGGCGCGACUCCAUGAUCCUGUUCGGCGGUUGGGGCAGCGGCAUCCGCAACGACCUCUACAUUCUGGAGCGGGUGGCGCCAACCGCCAACGAUCAACCGUCAACUGCCGCCGCCGCCGCCGCGGCGGAGCCGCCGUCGGCGCGCCCGGCCGGCCGAGAUGAGGAGCGCCGCGCCGGUCCCUACCACCACCACCACCACCCAAACCGCCACGGCGCGGCGGCCGGCCCCUCGCGCUGCCCAGCCGCCACUGCAGGGGCCGCAGCCGCCGCUGAUGCGGCGGAGGCCGCCGCUGAGGCUGGAUCCGCCGCCAAGCCAUCCUCAUCCACAUCGCCAUCCUCCCGCUCCCAGCCGCCGCAGCCCGGCGGCGCGCCCUGGGUGCUGCCUGAGCAGGACGAGCCGUGCGGCUGGCAGUGGCGCGUGCCGCGCGUGGCUGGCCGCAAGCCGCCGGUGCGGUACGGCCACAGCGCCACACGCUGCGGCCCCGAUGGCGGCUGGCUGGCCGUGUACGGAGGCAUGCAGGCGGGCGGCUAUGCUGCUGAGAUCUCCAGUCUGGCGCUGCUGCGGCCCUUCAGCGGUGACCUGCCUGGCACAGAGGACCUUGACCCCGCUGACUACGAGUAUGAGUGGUACCUGCCGCAGCUGUCGGGGGCGGACCCGGGCGCGCGCGGCUACCACUCCGCCUGCGCCUCCGAGGACGGCAUGCGGCUGUUUGUGUUCGGCGGCAUUGCGCGGCGGGGCAGCACCACACGCCUCAGCGUGAUCGACCUGCGCACCCUGACCGUGGACCGCCCCACCACCACCGGCGGCGGCCCUAGCCCGCGAUUCGGCUGCUCGCUCUUCUGCUACGGCGGCAAGCUGUGGGUGGUGGGCGGCGGCAACGGCAGCGACUUGGCUCGCAGCGGUGUGGACCUGUUUGACGUCUGGACACUGGACCUGAAGAGCUGGGAGUGGGCCGAGGUGAAGCCGGCCAAUGAGCCCCACGACCGCAAUGCGAUGGGCCGCUGCCACGCCUCGGUGCUGCUGGGCUCCAAGCUGCUCAUGUUCGGAGGCUCCCUGGAGCUGGGCAACCACAUCACAUGGCUGGACGUGGGCGCCUGCCCCGCCCCGGUGUGGGGCCACCCCGCCGCCGUGCUGGGCGCGCCGCCCGGCAAGCGCAUGAGUGCAGUGGCGGCGAUCAGCCGGACCGACCUGCUGGUGUUCGGAGGGUGGAUCUACUCCUGCGGCGAGAUGGGAGACCUCCACCGCUACAAGCUGCUGCUCAGUGAGCCCGAGACCAGGCGCGCACGAGACCUCAUCGCCCGCGCGGACGCCGCCGCAGCAGCCGCCGCGGCCAGCGCCAGCAGCAGCGCCGGCGGCACCUGGAGGUCGGGCUGCGGCGGCAACGGCAACGGCGGCGGCGCGAUGGGGCUGCUGGGCAGCAUGCUGCACGGCAUUUCGGCAGGCCGUGGCGGCAGCGCCGCCGCCUCCGGCGGGGCGGCGGCGGCGGCGGGGCCGCGGCGCGGCCCAGUGACGGACGCGGCUCAGCAGCUGUCAGAGCUGCUCAGUUCUAAGAUUGCCCGAUACUACACGCUCAUGCGUGAGGCCCAGGAGCGCGAGGAGCGCAGCGGCCACGUGCCGCUGGCGCUGGUGCGGCAGAUGCACGAAACCAUGAUGGCGAUCCGGCUGCUGCGCAACCACGCACGCGAGGAGGGCCUCGGCAGCGACGACGACGGAGACGGCGGGGGGGAGCGGGGCGGCCCCUCGGGCUGGACUGAUGACGACGACGAUGAGGAUGAUGAUGGUGGUGGUGGGGACGUGCACGUGGCGGCGCUGUUUGGGGGCAUGGGGCAGGAGGACAGCGAUGAUGAAGAGAGCGAUGAGGAGGAGGAUGAGGAGGCGGAGGGAGAUGAUGACGAGGACGAGGAGGAGGAUGAGGACGAGGACGGGCCGACGGUGUUGGAGUAUGAUCCCAACGAGACGGGUGAGGAGGAGACGGACGCGGAGGAGGCGCCUGGCAGCGGCGGCAGCGCGGAAGGUGAAGAGGCGGCCGAUGAGUAACGCGCCAGGAGCGGCUGAAGCGGCUAGACGCGCAGGUGGAGGUACGUAGGCAGUGUGCAUGCAGCGUGCGAGUCAGCGUGUGUACGUUUGUGGCCCGGUUUCUCUCCGACCACAAUGUUGGCUGAUAUCGGCAAUCUAGCGAUGAGAGCCGCCCCCGCAGGCGCGAGGCAGGAGUGGCGCUGACAGUGGGUUGCUGCCGCGUGUGCGCCAGGAUACAGGAGACGACAAGGCCGUAGGUGUGGGUGACACAACGGAAACGCAGCGUGUGUUUAGGUAGGUGUGUGUAUGUUGGGCGCAUGGGGCGGGCACGCGUCACGCCGCCAGGCACCUGGGCGAGGAGCCGAGAAGUGUGUGCUGUGUGCGUACGGAUGCAGGAGGGCAGCGACUGGUCCAAAGAGUGAUGGGUGCGGAAGUGUGGUGCUGUUUUUUAUGCAUGUAGGAUGAGGACGACAGCGAGCGGGCCAUCCAGGCAAAGUGAUCAAUGGCGCGAGCCGGCAGGUGGCGGGGGGGUGGGGGGUGUUACUGGGCAGUUGAGCAUGCGCGCGGGUACCGUAGUAUGGUGCGGUGUGUGCGGGUACGGUGCAGGGUUCGCGCCUGAUGUACCGGGGGCCCCUCUGGUGCUGCCUGGUGAACAACGCAGGAGCGCAGGGAAACUAUCGCGCGUGCCGCAGGCUUUCUUGGGAUGUAUCAUAUCAACACGGCUUCUGUACAUAAAACACGGCCGACUGGCGGGAUAGGAAUCAUAGGAUUCGUAGGCGGCGAAUGAAUGGUCUGAUGGGGUCGACUCUGGAGCCUGGGGGGUUUGCCUUGUUUGGGCUGGAUGUCCAGUUACAUGUUGAACAUGUUGCCACAGGCACGGUCACGCCGCCACGGUUUGCUCAUCUCCCGGCACAAGUGGCGAUGUAAACACUGGUGCUAUGCCGGCACGCAGAAACCUCUGCCAUUCCGCCAAGUCGUACUCGGCCAGGCGCCAACGUGACGUCUCUGCAACAAGC